UCUAUCUAUAUAUCCGGUACUGUAUCACUGCCUGCAUGUGUAUUAUCUACCAUCACUGUCAAGGUUCAAUAUAAUAAUGCGCAGCAAACGUGUCCACCAAAUCUCCGACUCCAUCCAUUCGCAAUCCCUCCAUUUCAUAUCCACUCAUCCUGUUUUCUUAGUUUCUUCCUGUCAAGGACCUUGGAAGUAGCCUGCUAUUAAUCUCCUCACCUGGCAAGGUCCUCAACUCUGUAUAUAUCUACUCUACCUGCACCAUGACCUUACUUCUACAUCUUUACCUUCAUCUACAUCCAUGACAAAAAUGGCCUUCAACCCCUCCAGUGUCAACCUGGACACUGCCAGCAAGGAAGAUGUCCUCUGCUACAUGGCCAUCUCCAGCAACGACUACAAUGGCCAUCUCGGUGCUCGCAUCUCCUCCAUCUUCGUGAUCGGCUUCGUCUCCAUGGCCUUUACCUUCUUCCCCGUCGUGGCUAAACGUCUACCGGGCUGGAAGAUUCCCUACAGCGUCUACAUCUUCGCCCGUUAUUUUGGCACUGGCGUCAUCGUCGCCACGGCGUUUAUCCAUCUGCUGGACCCGGCGUAUUCCAAAAUCGGCCCAGAGACCUGCGUCGGUGUUUCUGGUUACUGGGAUGAGUAUUCCUGGUGUGCGGCUAUUGUUCUGGCUUCAAUUGUCUUUAUCUUCCUUCUUGACCUUGCGGCUGAGGUCUAUGUUGAGCUGAAAUACGGCAUGCACAAGGAUGAAAACGCCACGGACAACUUUCUCGCUCAUCAGGACCAUCUCGAUAUCGGGCCUGUCCCUGAAGACGGUCGCAUUCGUCACGACAAACCAUCCGAACACACUUCUGAAAAGGUAGACGAUGAUUCUGUUGCUGAGCGUUCAUUCCGCCAGCAAAUUGCCGCCUUUCUCAUCCUUGAAUUCGGCAUCAUCUUCCACUCCGUCAUUAUCGGGCUGAAUCUGGGCGUGACGGGCUCUGAGUUCGCUACUCUCUAUCCUGUUCUUGUCUUUCACCAAUCCUUUGAAGGUCUAGGACUGGGUGCUCGACUGUCUGCCAUUCCAUUCGGUCGACACAAAUGGCUGCCGUGGAUCCUCUGUCUUGCAUAUGGGCUGACAACCCCCAUUUCCAUUGCGAUCGGACUGGGCGUGCGAACUACCUAUAACCCAGACUCAAAGGCGGCCAUGAUUGUGCAGGGCGUGUUGAAUGCGAUUUCAGCCGGUGUGUUGAUCUACAGUGGUUUGGUGGAGUUGUUGGCGAGGGACUUUCUCUUCGAUCCGUGUCGGACCAAGCAGCGGUCGCGUUUGGUGUUUAUGGUGUUUUGUACAUUGCUCGGCGCAGGUAUCAUGGGCUUGAUUGGGAAGUGGGCUUGAUGUAAAGGUGUUGAUGUAAAGGUGUUGAUGUACAAAAGUGUUGAUGUAUAAAAGUGUUGAUUUAUUGAAGUAUUUGAAAUAAGUGGAUGUGAUAGGUUAGAUGACGUCAACCACCGUACAUAUUAAUACCAC